AAACAUCACCACUCACAAUGGCCACCCUCACCCUCACCAGCACAAUCAGUCCCCGCGUAUUGGCCUACAAGCCGCCUCAUCCCGAGCUCAAGGAGUUUGUCCCCGCCCGUGACCGCGCUUUCUUUGCAGACCCGGAAAAGACGUCCCUUCUGAGAUGGGCCACAGCCGUCGAGGAAGUCACUCCGCUCAUCGGGACGGAGCUCAAGGGUGUUCAGCUAAGCAAGCUCACCGACCAGCAAAAGGACGAGCUCGCAUUGCUUGUAGCAGAGAGGGGCGUCGUUUUCUUUCGUGAUCAGGACAUCACUCUCGAUCAGCAGCAUGCGCUGGCAUCGUACUAUGGUAUUCAAGAUAGAGACCCCAACCAACAAGAUCCUAGACAUGUAACCAUCAUUGGUCGUGGCGGAAACAUCCGAGGCCAUGGCAACUUCAGCUCAGAAUGGCAUGGAGACCACUCCUUUGAGCUGAAUCCGCCCUCGUACACACUGCUCCGCAUGGUCAAGACGUCUCCCAGCGGCGGAGACACCAUCUUCACCAGCCAGACCGGCCUGUAUGAUGCAUUGAGUCCUGCUUUCCAGAGGGCCAUUGAAGGCUUGCACGGCGUCCACUCGUCAGACGUAUCCCAUCCUUUGGUCCGGACUCACCCGGUAACCCGUCUCAAGUCUCUCUUCUACAACCCUCAUUUCGUCGAUCGCAUCCAGGAGCUCAACGCCCAGGAGUCUCACCACAUCCUGGCCUUUCUCCGCGAGCACCUGUCCAACGCAGACGACCUGACGGUUCGCUGGAAAUGGACGCCUGGAGCGGUUGCUUUCUGGGAUAACAGAAUCAUUGCCCACAAGGCCGUUCCAGGUCAUUACGACACAGAGCUGAGGGAAGGAAAGCGGACGGCUGUCCAUGGCGAGCGACCCUUUUACGACCCGGAGAACAGCGAGAGCCUGAGUGAGAGGGCGGCGAGGCUUGCAAACGAGAAGGGCACGAAUGGGAACGGCAUUGUCGAAAAGACAAAGGAACUGGUGUUGAAUGAUUAA